CCUGACCCGCAGCUCCGAAGCCGAGCGGAGGUCGAAGGAGCCGCCGGGAGAGGGGGGGACCGGUCCUGGACCUCAGGUCUCCUUCUCCGGGAACUCCGGGGAGCGACCGGGGCGUGCCAACCUCUCCCUUCUCCCCGCCAUGAUCGAGGUGGUGGCCUCGCUGAGCCGGGGGCCGGUGUUCCUGGCCGGGGAGGCGCUGGAGUGUGUCGUGACCGUCACCAACCCCCUGUCGCCCACAGCCACCUCGGCGUCCAGCGAGGCCCUGGCCUGGGCCAGUGCUCAGAUCCACUGCCAGUUCCAUGCCAGCGAGAGUCGUGUGAUAUUACCUCCACCAGAUUCCAGUCAGCCAGAUGUCCAGCCCGAGAGCCAGACCGUGUUCCUGCCACACCGAGGUGAACGGGGUCAGUGUAUUCUUUCCACCCCCCCAAAGAUCUUAUUCUGUGACCUGCGACUCGAUCCUGGGGAGUCGAAGUCCUAUUCCUACACUGAAGUCCUUCCGGUGGAUGGGCCACCUUCAUUCCGGGGUCAGUCAGUCAAGUAUGUCUACAAGCUGACCAUCGGCUGUCAGAGGGUCAACAGCCCCAUCACCUUGCUUAGGGUCCCGCUGAGGGUGCUAGUGCUGACUGGUCUGCAGGAUGCCUGUUUUCCCCAGGAUGAGGCAGUGGCCCCCUCCAGCCCAUUCCUGGAGGAGGAAGAAAGCAGAAGGAAGGAUUCCCAACUGGCGGAGUUGGCAGGAGAACUUCUCAUGGCUGCCACAUCGCGCCGUAACCUGCAUUUGUACAAUAUCAGCGACGGCCAUGGGAAGGUCGGGACAUUUUGCAUCUUCAAAUCUGUGUACAGACUCGGGGAAGACAUAGUGGGGACUCUGAGCCUGGAGGAGGGGGCUGUUGCCUGUCUACAGUUCUCAGUGAGCUUGCAGACAGAGGAGAGUGUGCAGCCUGAGUACCAGAGGCGCCGGGGGAGCGGAGGCCCACCUGCCGUGUCCCACGUGACUCACGCCCGGCACCAGGAGUCCUGCCUGCACACAGCCAGGACCAGUUUCUGCCUUCCUAUCCCACUCAGUUCCACGCCCGGCUUCUGCACUGCUAUCGUGUCCCUCAGGUGGCGGCUACACUUUGAAUUUGUGACUUCGCGGGAGCCGGGUUUGGUUUUGCUGCCCCCGACAGAGUGGCCCGAGUCCAGGACUUGGAUGGGGCCAGAGCAGGUGCCCGUGGACACCUUCAGCUGGGACCUGCCCAUUAAGGUGCUGCCCACCAGCCCCGCCCAGGCCUCCUACGGCACCCCAGGCCCCAGCACCAACACCGUCACCAUCUGAGAACGUGGCCCGUCCCAGACCUCGGGCUCCGACAGGACACUGGCCUCUCUGCUCCAACCCUUAGAGCUUUGGGGAACUCCGACCGGGGGUGGGUGUCGUGGUGACCUGGAUGGUGUGGGGCGGGAGGCCGGGGAUGGGGUGGGGGACACGCGCCCGAGAGGCCGAUUGGAGACGUUCCGCCGAGUCGUUAACUUAUUUAUUAGAAUAAAGUUGCAGCUGCUAGUGGUUUCCCUGAA